AUGGACUGCAAGGAAAUAGUCCUUCUGCUUCUCUUAUUUCUGAAAUCAGGUCAAGGAAGCUCCCUGGAUGGCUAUGUCAGUACCCAAGGGGCUUCACUGUCCGGCGUCCCCAAGAAGCACCUAGGAGCACAGAGCAUAGAGGAGUGUGCGGCGAGAUGCGAGGAGGAAACAGAGUUUAUCUGCAGGUCAUUCCAGUAUCACAGCAAAGAGCAGCAGUGUGUGAUCAUGGCUGAGAACAGCAAGUCCUCCCCUGUCAUCAGGAUGAGAGACGUCGUUUUAUUUGAGAAGAAAAUCUAUCUUUCAGAGUGCAAGACUGGAAAUGGGAAGACCUACAGGGGGACGGUGUCCAAGACGAAGAGUGGCACAGUCUGUCAAAGGUGGAGUGCCAGCUACCCCCACAAGCCAAACUAUUCCCCUGACAAGUUCCCCAGAGAGGGCCUGGAGGAGAACUACUGUCGCAACCCAGACAACGACGAGAAGGGGCCCUGGUGUUACACUGUGGACCCAGAGAAGAGAUACGAGUACUGCGACAUUCCCGAAUGUGAAGAGGAAUGCAUGCACUGCAGCGGAGAACAUUACGAGGGCAAAAUUUCCAAGACCAUGUCUGGAAUUGAAUGCCAGGCCUGGGACUCACAGACUCCACACGCUCACGGAUACAUCCCUUCCAAAUUUCCAAAUAAGAACUUGAAGAUGAACUACUGUCGAAACCCUGAUGGGGAGCCCCGCCCGUGGUGUUUUACCACCGACCCCAACAAACGCUGGGAGCUCUGUAACAUUCCCCGUUGCACAACACCCCCGCCCUCUUCUGGUCCAACCUACCAGUGUCUGAAGGGAAGAGGUGAAAACUACCGCGGGAAGGUGGCCGUGACCGCAUCCGGGCACACCUGUCAGCGCUGGAGUGAGCAGACCCCUCACCAGCACAACAGGACUCCAGAAAACUUUCCCUGCAAAGGUUUGGAUGAGAACUACUGUCGGAAUCCUGAUGGAGAGACCACCCCCUGGUGCUACACAACCAACAGCAAUGUGAGGUGGGAAUACUGUACCAUACCAUCCUGUGGGAAUUCUCCGACCUCCACGGACUCUCUGGAUGUCCCAGCGUUAGCACCACCUGAGCAAACCCCUGUGGUCCAGGAUUGCUACCAGGGCAAUGGACAGAGUUAUCGAGGCACAUCGUCCACCACUAUCACAGGAAAGAAAUGUCAGUCCUGGUCAUCAAUGACGCCACACGCACAUGAGAAGACCCCGGAAAAAUUCCCAAAUGCUGGCUUGACAAUGAACUACUGCAGGAAUCCAGAUGCUGAUAAGAGCCCCUGGUGUUACACCACUGACCCCAGUGUCAGGUGGGAGUACUGCAACCUGAAGAGGUGCUCGGAGACACCCGGGGAUGCUGUGGAGUCGGCCACUGCUGUCCAAGUUCCCAAUGUACAGACCACUUCUGAGUCAGACUGCAUGUUUGGGAAUGGGAAGAGCUACCGGGGCACCAAGGCCACCACUGUCACUGGCACUCCAUGCCAGGAGUGGGCUGCCCAGGAGCCCCACAGACACAGCAUUUUCACCCCACAGACAAACCCACGGGCAGGUCUGGAAAAAAACUAUUGCCGCAACCCUGACAAUGAUGUCAACGGUCCCUGGUGCUACACCACAAAUCCCAGAAAGCUUUUUGACUACUGUGACGUCCCUCAGUGUGCGUCCUUGUCUUCAUUUGAUUGUGGGAAGCCUAAAGUGGAGCCCAAGAAGUGUUCUGGAAGAGUGGUAGGAGGGUGUGUGGCCAAUGCUCACUCCUGGCCCUGGCAGAUCAGUCUUAGGACAAGAUUUGGAAGGCACUUCUGUGGAGGCAGUUUAAUAUCCCCAGAGUGGGUGCUGACUGCUGCUCACUGCUUGGAGAAGUCUUCAAGGCCUUCCUCAUACAAGGUCAUCUUGGGCGCACACCAAGAAGUGAAUCUUGAGCCACAUGUUCAGGAAAUAGAAGUGGCUAAACUGUUCCUGGAGCCCACAAGAGCAGAUAUCGCCUUGCUGAAGCUGAGCAGACCUGCCACCAUCACUGACAAAGUGAUCCCCAUCUGCCUGCCAUCCCCGAAUUAUGUGGUUGCUGACCGGACGGAGUGCUACAUCACUGGCUGGGGAGAAACCCAAGGGACCUCUGGUGCUGGUUUUCUCAAGGAGGCCCAUCUGCCUGUGAUCGAGAAUAAGGUGUGCAAUCGCUAUGAGUAUCUGAACGGCAGAGUCAAACCAACAGAGCUGUGUGCUGGGCAUUUGGACGGUGGCACUGACAGCUGCCAGGGGGACAGUGGAGGGCCUCUGGUUUGCUUCGAGAAGGACAAAUACAUUUUGCAAGGAGUCACUUCUUGGGGCCUUGGGUGCGCUCGUCCCAAUAAGCCAGGCGUCUACGUCCGCGUCUCAAGGUUCGUGAAUUGGAUUGAAGGAAUAAUGAGGAGUAACUGA